AUGCGUUCCUACGUCGCCGUUUCCAUCUUUGCGUUCUCCGCAUCCGUCUUCUCGGCCCCUACUCCUCAGCUUGGUCUCAACAACCUGGUCGGUACCGCCACUGGCACUGUUGGAUCCCUUACCAGCACCGUCGGCAAGACUGUUGACCCCGUCACCGGUGUUGUCUCCGACGAUGCCGGCCUCAAAGGCGUCACUGGCAUCUUGAACGAGAAGCGCCAGCUCGAGGUUGUCAACGGCCUUACCAGGCCCGUUACCGACCUCACCAAGCCCGUUACCGACAUCGUUGGCGAUGCCACCAAGAUCAGGGUCGUUGGAAACGCCAGGCGUCAGCUCAACAUCGCCCCUGUCGCUGGUCUUACCAAGACUGUUGACGGUGUCACCAACAGCGUCAAUCUGAACGGUGCCGUCAAUGGCCUUAACACCAACGUCAACAGCAAGCGUCAGCUCAACGUCGCCCCUGUUGCUGGUCUUACCAAGGCUGUUGAUGGUAUUACCGACAGCGUCAACCUGAGCGAUGCCACCAACGGCCAGGUUCUCGACACUGGCAAGCUCCUCGACCUUGACCUCAACCUCAAGCGCGGCGUCCCCGUCGUCCAGGACCUGCCCGUUGGCGGUGCCGUCUCUAGCAUCCUUGACGAAACCCCCGUUGUCAGCGGCGUAACCGGCACCCUCAACUCCGUCACCGGCGACCUCAACCCCGUCACCGAGUCCGUCUAUAAGGUCGCCAAGCCCGUCACUGACGCCACCGAGAUCCUCGACGUUCGUGCCCCUCUUGUUGACGAGGUCAAGAACAUCGUCGGUGAUGUCGAUGUUCCCCUUGUCAAGGACGUCCCCGUCGUCAAGGACAUCUAA